AUGCACCUCAAGAGUGGGCCUCUGGAUCCGUCAGUGGAAUAUGCUACGGUCAAUAAACAACGCAGCAUUUCAUCAAAUCUUGGUUCAUCUUCUGCCCAGCUUGGUCUCCUCGAUGUGUCUUUAGACUAUGCUACAGUCAAUGAGCGAGUUACAGACGUGACUGCUCAACAGAAUAUGCUUAGUCACCUUGAUCUGUCUUUGGACUAUGCCACAGUCAGCGAGCGAGUUACAGACGUGACUGCUCAACAGAAUAUGAGAGGGCCUCUGGAUCCGUCAGUGGAGUAUGCUACAGUCGAUAAGCAACGUAACAUUUCCUCAAAUCCUGGUUCAUCUUCCGUUCAGACUGGAGAUGUUGUACAACCAGAACAGUCACUAAGAAAGGAGAUAGGGAGAAGAGGAAAUGUACCACACGUGUACACUGCAUCAUCAAAUGGACUGGCCGAGUAUGCAGUUGUAGACACAACUAGAGAAGAGAGGAAGAAAGGGCAAUCAAGAGCUCAUCAAAGGAAUAUGGCUUACCAUGACCCGGAAGAAGAUUAUGCUGUAAUUGACAAGAAGAAAAAGAGCCGACGAGAGAAAUGAUAUGAGGAAAACUACAAAUAAAAGAAAUU